ACCCUACCCACCAGUCUCGCUCCACUACACCCCAAAGGCCGAAGCUCUGCCCAAACCCUCUGUUUUUCCUCUCCUGCCACUCCCCACAUCGCCUCCGCUCCCCGCAGCGCAACCCAGGCGAUCCGCGCCGGCUCCUCCCCGGCGCUUCAGGAAAAAUGGCCGAGCAUCUCUUCGAGGACAUCUUCCACGUGACCAGGAUCGACCCCGAUGGCAAGAAGUUCGACAGAGUUAAUCGCAUCGAGGCUAGAAGUGAGCAGUUGGAGAUGUACAUGCAAUUAGAUAUCGCAACCGAUGUCUACCCAAUGCAUAUGGGUGACAAGUUCACCAUGGUUUUAGCUCCUACACUGAAUCUGGACGGGACCCCAGACACUGGCUACUAUACACAGGCUGGUAGGAAAACACUUGCUGACAAGUAUGACUAUGUCAUGCAUGGAAAGCUUUACAAGAUUUCAGAGGACAAUUCCAGCAAGGAUAAAGGACCUACUAAAGUGGAGAUCUAUGCAUCUUUUGGCGGCCUCCUGAUGUUGCUCAAAGGCGAUCCUUCAAGUGCUGCUAACCUCGAGCUGGAUCAAAGGCUGUUCCUCCUCAUCCGAAAGGUGUAAGCGUGUAAUCUACCGGAUAACCAGUGCUUGUAGUUCACUCAGGGCUAUACCAAGCCUGUGAUUGUUUGGAUGCUAAUCGUCCUGCACCCUUAUGUACUCUUUUGGCGGUAAUAUGACUCUAGAUUGGUACCAUUCUCUGUAGCACCAGUCGCUUAUUCCUGUUCCCCUGGAGCGCAUUAUGCGUGUUACUAACUUAUGUUGUCGAUGUUCCGGGUAAAUUACGAUGCUGCGUGAAUGUUAUCUUUGGUAAUAAUUAUUAUCACCGUGUGAAUGUGA